UGCGCAUGCGCGGGUGGGCAGCGCGGCCCUGCGCGAGUGUGCGUGGCGGCCUCGUGUGCGGUGCGCGCGGCCCGCCCUCACCGCUCCCGCUUCCUUCCCCGCAGGACAUGGCGAAGAGCCUGAGGAGCAAAUGGAGGAGGAAGAUGCGGGCCGAGAAGAGGAAGAAGAACGCGCCCAAGGAGCUGGAGAGGCUGAAGAAGAUCCUGGGAACCAAAGCGGAUGUCAUUAUGGAGGAGGUCAAGGAGGUGGCGACCGUCCUGCCCCCCGAGAAAGUCCUGGAGCAGAGAGAUGACUGCAAAAUGGAGCUGGAUAAUAAACGAAACAGAAAAACUCUUCUAGACCAGCAUGGACAGUACCCAAUAUGGAUGAAUUCCAGGCAAAGAAAGAAGCUUAAGGCUCAACGUGUUAAAGGGAAAAAAAAAUCAAAAUCAAAAGGCCUUGUGUGGUAAAAUCAGUUUUGUAAGAUCAUGAAUAUUUUAUUUAACAAAAUAAAUUUCCCACAUAAAUUCAUGAGA